UUUCAUUUUUUUCUCGUUCGUUCUUCGAGGCCAUCCAUUGGCUGUGUGUGUAAAAGGUGUAACUGUGUGUUCUUGAUAUGCGCUUCUUUUCCAAGCGUAUUUUUACGACGAUUUUCUUUUCAAAACCCUAACAAAAACUUCAUCACAUGUUUCCGUUUCUCGUUCGUCGAUUCAUCUCCUCGUAACAACUUGUUGAUUGUUGAUCAUCAUCAUCAUCAUCACUAGCUCAACGGCCAUGAUUCAUCAUCGGGGCUUUUGCCAUGAUGUUGAAGCAUUGCAUUAUAAGGUUGUUGCAUUGUGUGCGGUUUUAUGGCUUACAACGUUCGGGCCAUGUACCAUGACCGGGACCCAGAAUCUAACGGGCUAUGAUGAGUAUGGGUCAUAUAAAAGUGGGUCAAGUUCGGGUUCAGAAGAUGUGUUGGUUCAGGUUCAAAGUUCGGUACCGAAUCUAAAUCUUGAGAACAUAUGUAGACGUUCGGACUUGUUCUGUUUUCCUUCGACGUUAUCUGGUUUCUUUUCGGAUUUUCAUAGUACAGAUGCAGCGAAUGUUUCGGGUUUUUCUGGGGUUAAACGAGAUGAUACAGUAGUUGUAGGGACAACGCAACCAAACCGUGCUAAUUUUCAGUUAAUGAAUGGGAGUAUUGUUUCUUGCUCACUUGAAUUAAAAGAGAGUGUUCGUGAUAGUGAUGACGAAAAUGACACAUCAUCUGUUUUUAGGAUCAAAUCGAAUCGUGUGAAUGAUUUUUCGUCACAAAGUGUACAAAUUAGCCACCCGUUACUUGACUGGGGCCGAAAGUAUUUACAUUUUCCUUCAUUAGCUUAUCUGACAGUGGAAAACAGACAUAAAAGUAGCGUUUUAAACGUUUUUGAGUCAUACUGUACCAACACACAAUUCUAUCCUUGCAAUUACACUGAAAUCAAGAUCAGGCCCGGUGAAACUGCGUCUUUGUGUUUUGUGUUUUUGCCAAAACAGUUAGGUUUGUCUUCAGGUCACUUAAUAUUGCAAACGAGCUCGGGUGGGUUUUUGGUGCGGGCUCAAGGGUUUGCGGUUCAACCUCCUUACAUGUUACAAUCGUCAAUUGGUUCAGGUUCAAGCCCGUGGGUUAUAUCGCUAUCCAAUCCUUCUAACGAAGUUUUGCAUUUGAAAGAAGUAAGUGCUAGGAUGUCGAUUUCUUCGGGGAACGUUUCUUAUGUGGUUGAUGGUGUUUGCAGCAUGAUUGAUCGCGCCGGUUCUGUUGAAUAUAGUGCUAAAGAGUGGGUAGAUGUUAAAGUUGGUCAACUUGGUCAACUGGGAAUGGCAAUAAGGCCACAAAAGACGUGGACUGUUGGCUCGAACAGCAAUGAGCCGAUUCUAGAGGUAGAGUUCCCGUAUCGUUCUCAAACAAACGUGUAUGGCUCUUUUUGCGUCCAACUACUGAAUAACGCUUCAAGAGAUAACGUGGAUACGAUAGUUUUCGAAGCCGAAUAUGGAGGGAAAUCGAAAUCUAAUGAUCUUGAAACUCGUCUUUCGAUUUCACUCGAUGUUUUAAUGCCUUGUGAUGUCAACGGAACUACCGUUGUUUCCCUCUUGGUGGAAAACGACGGUCCUGAUUUACUGAGCGUGGUCAAAAUUAGUACAGUUGGUGACAACAUCGAGUCGUUACAGUCUAAAUAUGUCGAAGGGUUAAUCUUGUUUCCUCAUACCGUGACACAAGUGGCUAUGGUUACUUAUACUCCAAAUCUGCAUACGAAUUUGGACUGCAAAUUGGUUGUACAUACGAAUAAAUCAAAUGAUCCCGAGCUUGAGAUUCCUUGCAGUCAUUUCGCCGGUCUUUGUUCACGGUCACAUUCUUAUGCAGAAUCAAGAUCCCGUAACGUUCAUGUGCAUCAACCGUCGGAACUCAAGGUAUCGAAGGCGAAAGAAACGGCAGAAUCUGAUGAAUCGAUACUUGGAAACUGGAGAUCUCAGGGGACGAAAAACGGUAUUUCGGUACUCGAUGAUCACGAGGUUAUAUUCCCGGUGGUUCUCAUUGGCAGUCAUCACACUAAAUGGAUCAAAGUCGUAAACCCGAGUGACAAACCCGUUGCUAUGCAGCUGCUUUUAAAUUCCGGAGAAAUUAUUAACGAAUGCCGAGAAUCAGAUGAAUAUUUGCAGACAUCUUCAUCUUACACUUUGGUUCUUAAUAGUGAAACGGCCCCUUCGCGAUACGGUUUUUCAAUACCACACAAUGCGUUAACAGAAGCCUAUGUUCACCCUCACGGACAGACAGUUCUUGGGCCGGUUGUGUUUCACCCAUCGAGCCGGUGUGCGUGGAAAAGCUCGGCUCUUGUUAGAAACAAUCUCUCGGGUGUCGAAUGGUUAUCGUUGCGUGGAUCUGGAGGUUUGGUUUCGUUGAUUUUACAUGAUGGAUCGGAUCCGGUUCAUACCAUCGAGCUCAAGCACAACUAUGGUCAACCGUAUAUGAAAGUUUUUUAUGCGAAGAACACCGGAGAUUUGCCCGUAAAAGUUGACAAAAUUACAAUCUCGGGCACGAAGUGCGAACUGGAUGGGUUUGUGGUGGGUAGUUGUAAAGGCUUUGCGUUACAGCCAGGGGAAUCACGAAAGAUUAUAGUAUCGUAUCAUGCGGAAACUUGUGUGGAAACGGUACUUCGGGAUCUUGAACUGGGUAUGGUUGGUGGCAUAUUGGUUGUACCCGUGAAAGUCAGUCUUCCGAAACUAACACUUACGACAUGCAAACGAUCGCUUUUUUGGAUAAAGUUCAAGAAGGUUGUCCUUGCGGCUCUUGUUUCCGUACUUCUAAUUUUCAUGGCGUGUUCGUAUAUGUUUUCGGUCAUUAUCAGAGAUGGAAACUUGUCCGAAACACAUUCUUCAGAUGUUUGUUUAAAACCGGAUACGAUAAACAAAGUGGUGGUAACAUCGUUGUCAUUGUCGUCACCAGAAGCAUCCGAUCUGGAGUUGAAGUCUACGGCGGUUGAGUCACCGAAACCUGAGAAUCUUACAGUUAAAACGGGAAAAGACAAAGCGAGACGUAGAAAGAAGAAAAGGAGUUCGGGUACGGGGUUAACGGGCUAUUUAGAUGGGCUGAGUAGCCAUAGCAGCAACUCGACACCUUCAUCCCCAUUAUCUCCAGUCAAAUGUUCCACACCGAAAAGAUCUCCUCAGUUAUCUCCCAGUCAAUACGUUCGGGCUAGAAGCCCGUUUAGUAAUGGUGGCUCUAGUACGGUUGUUCCCGUUAAAGACAAGCCUUCCACCCCACCCAAAACCCCCACCCCGUUCGAACGGGCUCCUGGGGCCGAAAGGAAAGCGGUUAAACCCGAAGAAAAACCAGGGUAUAAUAUAUGGGAUUACCACCUUCAGCUAUGUGAUUUGGGCGUUUUUGAGGUGGGCUCAGUUAUGCUGCCCACCAUUGCUAAAGAUAACCUUGUUAGCUUUUUUGAAAUCAGCCCACAAGAACUUUUUACAAUAUCUGGAGCAGAUAUUGUAAGUUGUAAACAAAAUGAUUAAUAAAAAGUUGCCUAGUUAAUCUA